AUGCAAAUAUCGUUAGAUGAAUUACAAACUGAAUUGUAUGAUAGUCAAAAACAACAUCAAUUGAUAGUUGAGAAACAUGAAAUAGAUUUAAAUGAGAAUGUUGUCAAAACUCAGCAAUAUCUCGAUCAAAUUCAAACAAUUAAUAACGAACUUGAUCAAUUGAAAGAAGAAAAUAUAGAUUAUAAAACAAAACAGAUACCAAUUUAUGAAGAACAAUUACAAAUGAAACAAAAUACAAUUAUUGAUCUUGAAAAAAACAUAGGCGAUAUAAAUGAACAAUUACAAAUAAAACAAAAUACAAUUAGUGACUUUGAGAAAAAUAUAGGCGAUAUAAAUGAACAAUUAGAAAUAAAACAAAAUAUAAUUAUUGAUCUUGAGAAAAAUAUAGGCGAUAUGAAUGAACAAUUAAAUAAUAAACAAACUCUUAUUGAUUUAGAAUCUACACGAAUGAAAACAAAGGUGAAUAAAAUAAAAUCAUUUGUCAUUCUCAAUUCUAUUCGAAGCACUUUAAAAAUCGACUCCUGUUAAUAAAUAAGAAGAAUAAAGGAAUUGGAUAAGUUUUAUUUAUUUACAUCCUUAUUAGAUCCUAUUUCUUGUUCUAAAUUUUUUUCGAAAAAUAUACCUUCCCUCUCGAUAUAUAGGAAAAUGGUGAAAAAUCUUAGAAAGAUCUCAACUUUUUUCAUAGAAUUUUCAUCAUUUUUUUGAAUAUUUUGAGAAGAAUAGUAUAUUUUCGAAAAACAUUUAGAACCUGAGCUAGGAUCUAAAGCAUCAGUGAUAAAAUUUUUAACUCCCGUUGGUUCUAUCCUUGCUUACAGGAUGAAAAAGAGGAAGAGAGAGUUUGGGACAAUUUCGAUAUGUGUCAUACAUAAAGUAAUGUAAUCAAUUCUAUUGUUUAACUAGGUAAUUGUUGGUACCGGUACUUGUGUGAUUCCUUUACCGAGCGUUCGGUACCAAC